GUUUUGUUAGAUGUAAAAUUAUCAUCAUUAACAUUUAAAUAAGCAUCUGUUGGAAGUUGAAUGACAAUAUGAUAUGAUAACUCUGUAUUUUUCAGUAUGCUCGAAUUAUCCGUCCCUUGGGUUUCCAGCCAAGUUUAAGGACUUUAAGAUUCAGAAUAUUGUUGGAUCUUGUGACGUAAAGUUCCCCAUCAGACUUGAAGGUCUUGCAUACUCUCAUGGUGCUUUCUCAAGUUAUGAACCUGAACUCUUUCCUGCUAUCUAUCGCAUGAAACAACCAAAGAUUGUGCUUCUUAUUUUUGUGUCUGGAAAGAUUGUGAUCACUGGAGCUAAGGUGAGAGAUGAAACAUACACCGCGUUCGAGAACAUAUACCCUGUACUUACAGAGUUCAGGAAGGUCCAGCAGUGAUAUACGCAUGUUAGCCUCUGGGUUCCAAAGCAGAUUUAUGUUAGAUGCUGUUUCUUUGUUCUCUGGUGAGGCAUUUAUGAAGGUGUGAAUACUGGUGCUGAGCAUCUAUAUGGGACUGCGUGGCGGAAGGCUUCUGAGUGGUGUGGGGUCUUUUUCAAUUCCUACAAUAUAGGUCUUGUCUCAUGCCAUUCUGAAAUUGGGUAGUAGUAGUUAGGUAUGUGUUUGGGAGGGAAAAAGAGAAACAAGAAAAAUUGUUGGAUGAUUUGAUGUGGACUUUCAAUGUUUAGAAACUCUGCUCCAGUUUGGGCUGAAAACUCUUACAAUGCCUCAUAAACUUGUACUGGCCUUGUUGUCUGCUGCAUGUUAAAACCCCUGUAAAGCUAUAAAGAACUUUUAUAGAAAGUGAGACCAGAUUGCCUAUGGAAUUCAGGGAAACCUGGGGACAAAAUGGUUUUUUCUUUUAAUAAUGACAUAUAGUUAUCUUUUAGCUCUCA